AUGAGAAACGAGCAGGGUGCUGAUUGGCAGUUCGAUUGGUUUGUGCCCAACAAGGCGAACGGACGCACGCAGGCAGGGCUGUCACGUUUGAAUCAGUCAAUUGAGGCUCCGGUAUACUGUGCUCUAGGGGCACAGGUUAACGUGCAAAGCAGCAUUCUUCGUAAUGGAGGCCGGGCAAAAGAAGCACAGAGCGAGUUUCUCGCGUCGUUGGAGGACUCCGCAAGGCAGCCAGAGCUGUCCAAGAGUGUGCGAAGGUAUCAGCUGGCUAUAGACGAAGGAAAGUUGCGCCUUGAUUUGGCAGCGGCGCCCAGAGCGUGGUUGAUGCCCUUUCGCAAGGUGAUCAACACAGAGAGAACAGAUGUCUACAACAACAAGCUCAAGCAGGCAACACCGAACAUGAAGCUCGGGUUAACCAAUGACGUAAACAAAGAGACACAACAGUGGGUCUGCGCCUAAUGGACAGCGGGUCUUUAGUUUUAACCCACCAGUCAGCCCAUCCUUCAAAUCAAAUCCACAAGGCAGCAAUGAAGGCGCAAGGUCUGGGAGAGCCUCCUUCCAACCCGACCCCCUCCACCAUACCCGCGCCAGCGACCACAAGUCACGACAUAAACAAGGUGCUGCUCGUUGUGGAGCAGUUCUUUUGACAGGUGCGUUUAAUUUAUUUGGAAGCGUUAACGGUUGUCCUUGAGAAACUUUCCAUAAAAAAAAGCGACCACAGCAAAAAAUAUAAGCCAGGUGUGCUCCGCCAAAAAUGAGAUGGCCUGUCCCGCCGCUUUGAAAAUGAAACUCACGAUCGAGCAGAUGAGGCCGGGCAAAGGGAGGCUGUUUUUUUGCUAACAUCUUUCAGAGCUUUUCCUAUGCCUUUGCCCAGUGGUUUCAGGGAGGUUGUUAUCGCCCUUAUAACAGCGCCAAUGACAGUCCAGGCGGCAAGGACAAUAGCAGCGACAGUGAACCCAUAUUUUUUGAAGAUUUCCUUUGAUUUUUUCGAAAAGCGGCAUGCCUUUUCUCUCUCCUCAAUCUCUGUUCUGAGCUGUGAGAGCUCCAAUUUACGUUCAGCCACUCUGGCUUCGGCGGCUUCUUUUCCAGAAGACAAAGCGUUUUCUUCAUUGAUUACUGCUUCAUCAUCCUCGUUUUGGCGUUCAAGCUCGGAUUCUUGGCCCCUAAGGUCGUCGAGUGGUUUUGUGUUGCUGAAUCUUUCUUCGAGUGUGUUUCUUUCCUUUUUCUCGAAAGGAAUUCUUCGUGUCAGCUUAUCGACUUUUUUUGUUUCUCUUUCUGAGUGUAUCGCUUUUGUAUGUCAUAAAGCUCUGUUUUAGCCCGUUNAGAAACUUUCCAUAAAAAAAAGCGACCACAGCAAAAAAUAUAAGCCAGGUGUGCUCCGCCAAAAAUGAGAUGGCCUGUCCCGCCGCUUUGAAAAUGAAACUCACGAUCGAGCAGAUGAGGCCGGGCAAAGGGAGGCUGUUUUUUUGCUAACAUCUUUCAGAGCUUUUCCUAUGCCUUUGCCCAGUGGUUUCAGGGAGGUUGUUGUCGCCCUUAUAACAGCGCCAAUGACAGUCCAGGCGGCAAGGACAAUAGCAGCGACAGUGAACCCAUAUUUUUUGAAGAUUUCCUUUGAUUUUUUCGAAAAGCGGCAUGCCUUUUCUCUCUCCUCAAUCUCUGUUCUGAGCUGUGAGAGCUCCAAUUUACGUUCAGCCACUCUGGCUUCGGCGGCUUCUUUUCCAGAAGACAAAGCGUUUUCUUCAUUGAUUACUGCUUCAUCAUCCUCGUUUUGGCGUUCAAGCUCGGAUUCUUGGCCCCUAAGGUCGUCGAGUGGUUUUGUGUUGCUGAAUCUUUCUUCGAGUGUGUUUCUUUCCUUUUUCUCGAAAGGAAUUCUUCGUGUCAGCUUAUCGACUUUUUUUGUUUCUCUUUCUGAGUGUAUCGCUUUUGUAUGUCAUAAAGCUCUGUUUUAGCCCGUUCAAAAUCCUCUUGAAGAUUAUUUUUUCAAUAGUUUCAGUCGUUGCAAUUCGCUUUCACUUCCAUGGUCUUCGUCAAAAGUAUCAAUCUUGGCUCGGGUUUGUUCGAUUUUGUUUCUCAGAUUUUGCACCUCAUCAUUGGCUCGUUGGUGAUCGGCGGCAAUUCUUUCCUUCUCCCUUAGUUGUUUUUCUUCUCUGAUCGAUUUAUUGUCCUCUGCAGUGAUAUCUUCGGCUUUUAGGCCAAGAGUAUUUUUGCAUCUAUCUGUGAGUGAUUUAAGCAGGCCCGAAUCGUUUUUCUUGAAAAUGUCGGACUCGCCUCCCUUUGGCCCAAAUGAAACUAUUUUAGCGUCAUCUCCUUUUUUGCUAAACCCGAUUUGGCCAAGUUUCGCGAAGUUGACUUUUGGAAAUCUUCUUGUGAUAAUCUCUCUUACUCUAUCAAGAAUUGCUGGUUUGUCUUCUUUAUGAAUAAAACGUCCAACCAGAGGUGUGCUUUCAUCUAAAGAGGUUUCGGCAGCCCGCUCUGUUCUUCAGGAUGAAUGUGCACUUCAAUUUGUUCUCCUGCAUGAUAAGGUGUGGAUGCAGAGCCCGUUUGAAAGGGUCGGUGCGGUUAACUUAUUGCUCGUCAUCGUCAUCAUCAUCAUCGUGGUUGAGGUGCCAGUCAAGGUCGGGGCACAAAACCACCCUCUACCAUUUUUUAUAUAUAUAAUGGACGACAGAGUUGCGAUACAAAAAAUCUUCGACCAACGCAUUAAGAAAAACCCGCGGCGUAUGAAGGCUUAGCCUUGCUUAGCCCAAGCAGGAUAAAACUGAUGACAUUGUCCCGGGUUCCUUGGCGAUUCUUUUCAAUAUCAAUCUUGUCCAGAACGUCUCGAGGACGCUGGUUGACAAGUUCACUGUAAAUACGCGCGCACCACUGUCCAGAAUACAAUUGGCUACGAUAUUUACAAAAUUUACGAGGAUCUUUUCCUUCCAGUUAUUGACCGCAAUAAUAUGUUUCUGCAGGGAAUCCAACGCUAAAAACUUUGUAAGAUUCGCUAGUACGCUAGUAACAAAGACAAAACGGAUGUGGAGGCUGCAAAGGUUCUGAACGCUGUUUUUAGCAACAAAUACAGCAUCUGGCUGGACCACAAUUUUCUGGCCGAUCACGGGGAUUUUUACCCACAGGCCUUUUUCACCAACCUUGUUUUCGAGCUGACGCUUGCUCCCCCUCGCGGGUUGUAAAAGGCUCAGACGCAUCAAAGCUGGUGUACAAGCUGACAAACAUUCAGCUGCAGUAUGAGACCAUCUGCAGUAAGACAUUGGCCGACGAGGCAACCAGCGUGUACUCCAGCGGAAAGGCAUUCGCUUAUGAUUACGUUUUGCGCGAAGAGGUGGUCACCUUCGCAAAGAAAACCGACAGCACAUUAAAUAUUCGAGUCAAUUCUCAACGCCGAUCGCUCAAUGGAAUUCUUAUGCUCUUCGUUGAGCCCUACGCAGCAGGUGCCCGAUAUUCGGAAAAAUGCGUUAACCUCGACAUCAAAGUGAGCGUCAUAAUGAAAGGCUCGCCGAACAAUGUUUAUAAUAACGGAUUUGAGGGCCAUGACAUGUGGAAAGAAAUCAGCCGGUCCUUUUCUCUCGAAAAGGGAACCAGCAACAUGGACCACACAAAGUUCUACACAGAUAACAAGUUUAAGCUGCCAAUCGACCUGCGCUCCAUGACGGACACCACAAUGCGCGGCAGCGGCAUCCGUCUUGUGAACACCAAAGACAGUGUGUUCCUUGAGAUCGAAAGAAAGACCUCUGGCUCGGGAAAUUUAAAAUGCCACGUUUUCACAAUCAGCGAU